CAGCCUCUCCCCCAUUUUCUUCAAGCCAAUACCAGAAACAGAAAUACCCCUGUUUUUCAAGAUAAUAAUUUAUUUUAAUUUAAUUUUUGUUGUACUUUUGCUUGCGUCUUCCCACCCGCAACAAACCAAAACUGAAACCAACAUGAAACAGAAUUGAUUUCUCUCUCUAUCUCUUUCCUUUUAACGCCUCUCAAAUCUUCUUACUCACGGUUAUGACAUUUCCUUUCUCUUAUCUUCUUCUUCUUCAGGUUCAGCUUGAUAACUCGUGAAUUUUGAAAUGAUCUCACGAAUGUACAAAUACGAUCAGCUUUAAAGACAAAAAAAACCAGACGCUGUUCUUAAUUUUACAGUUAAUUUUUUUUUUUCAUGAUUUUCGUCAAAAGAGUGCGGUCAAAUUGAAAUUACAAGCAAAAGCAUGGGCUAUCUUAACUCGGUCUUGUCGUCUUCGAGCCAAUCUCAAGUUCAUGCUCAUGAUGCGCCGGUUACCGGUGGCGGCCAUAGUCAAAAUGGAAAGUUCAGCUAUGGGUAUGCAAGCUCUCCUGGGAAAAGGUCAUCAAUGGAAGACUUUUAUGAAACAAGAAUUGAUGGUGUUGAAGGAGAGAUAGUUGGUCUCUUUGGAGUUUUUGAUGGUCAUGGGGGUGCACGAGCUGCUGAGUAUGUGAAGCAAAAUCUUUUCAGUAAUCUGAUCCAGCACCCAAAGUUUAUAUCUGAUACCAAAUCUGCUAUAGCCGAUGCAUACAACCACACGGACUCGGAAUUUCUGAAAUCAGAAAAUACUCAGAAUAGGGAUGCUGGAUCGACUGCUUCCACAGCCAUCCUUGUUGGUGAUCGGUUACUCGUUGCAAAUGUCGGGGAUUCCAGAGCUGUUAUAUGCAGAGGUGGUAAUGCUAUUGCUGUAUCUCGAGAUCAUAAGCCGGACCAAUCUGAUGAACGGCAGCGGAUUGAGGAUGCAGGUGGAUUUGUGAUGUGGGCUGGAACUUGGAGAGUGGGCGGUGUUCUUGCAGUUUCUCGUGCAUUUGGUGAUAGGCUUUUGAAGCAGUAUGUUGUUGCUGAUCCUGAAAUUCAGGAGGAAAAGAUUGACAGUUCUCUCGAGUUUCUUAUCCUUGCAAGUGAUGGAUUGUGGGAUGUUGUCACAAAUGAGGAAGCUGUUGCAAUGAUUAAACCAAUCCAGGAUCCUGAGGAGGCAGCAAAGAAGUUGAUGCUGGAGGCAUAUCAGAGAGGCAGUGCGGAUAAUAUUACCUGUGUUGUCGUUCGCUUCCUUUUCAAUCAAGGCGGUUCAUCUCUCAGCAGCUCUGCAUAACCAUCAUUUCCCAGCUACUGCUAGACUUUGUUCCUUUACCUGUAUGCAAUAAAAGCUUGGUAGUCUACAGUUGAUCAUAGAAAAACUACAGUUUCUCGUACCGUGUAAGUUCAACUAUAGAAACACAACAAUCUUACCAGGUUGGUGACGUGUAUUAUUACAUAUUAUCAGCCUCUCUAAAAUUGAUGUACCUCAGUUUAGCAUCUGUUUUUUGGUUCUUCAAUGUAGCUAGAAAUGUGUAUGUAUGUAUGCAUGAAUGUGUAAAGAGUCUUAAGAGUGAAGUUUUAAUUUCCCAUGCUGUAAAUGUAGUUGAAGCUUCUGUUUCUUGCUCUUUUUGCUAUGCAAUUAGUCUUUCUUCGAA